AUGCGUAGCGCGACAACGCUACUCCUAGCCGCUCUGGCUUUAUCGGCCGUCGCCCAGAACUCGGACGAAACAGUAGUGGUACGUCUGGAGCCCCAACGCGCCUCGGCCCAAAUCCCUCGUGCUAUGGAGCCAGCACAAACGCCACUAUCAUCCCCAGUACAUCAACGUCAAAUGCCACCCACAGCCCAACAGCCACGGUCAGUACCUCAAGUACCAGCUCAGGUACCACAGGGUGUACCACAGAGUGCUCUAGGACAGACGAUUCAAGUCCCACAGCAAGUACCAGCUCAGCCAGCCGACCAAGUUCGUCAGGUUCAUACUGUAGCCUCGCCUCCAGGCAUUCGUGCUCAGAGCCCCAAUCUGACGCCAUCCGGAUUGAACGGUCAACAGGAAUUCACGCCCCGAGACAACGCCGUUCCUCCACAAGCUCCACCGAUGAACAUCCCACCAGAUGUUCAGAACCAGCUGAUCAAAUUCUUUGGCUUGGACUCGUUCGGCAUCCCUGGACUGACUGGCAACCAUCCUAAUGGAUUCGCUGGUGCUGUACAGGUAAGGAGAAUUUAAAGAAUGGCAAGAACUUUCUUUACAAUCCAGAGAAUGACAAAAACUUUCUUUACAGGAAAUGCGCGCCGCCGGAAUCCCACUCCAAGGCCUUCCGCUGGACCACGUAGCCGGUCAGCCAGUCCCAGCCGGUGCCAACCCACAACAAGAUCUGUUGGCCCAAGCGAACCCCAGCUUUGGCAUGAACAAUAUCAUGAACGACGCCUCCAACGUGCCACACUCGGCCGCUUCCAUCCCCCUCCCAGACGCCAAGCCAGGAGAGAACGGUCUGAUCGGCCUUUUGAGUUCCAGCAUUCGGAAGCUAGUCAAGGAUUCUGGAGUGGCCGAUGCCUUGGCUCAAGGUCUACCUAAUGUUUUGGGUACCAACACUCCAGCUCAAGGUACUCCAACCUCAAGUGCUACCGCCGCCAAGUCUUUUAGUCAGGACGAGAUCCCUAUGUCAGCUGCUAGCCCAGAUGUCGCUGUUAGUGCCAGCAGCGGCGCUGUUAAUGCUGGUGGAGUACGUCGUCAACAAUCCACGGCCGAACGUGCUUUGAGUGGCUUUGCCGCGGCGUUGGGCGGCGGAGGCCAAAACGGCCCAUCACACGCUGGUCUGCCUCGUAUUCCUGGACUGCCAAUCUUGCCCGGAGGUAUUCCACGUAACGCCCAAGGUCAAAUCGAUGUAGUCAACCUUAUUGGCUCUAUUACUCGUCGUGUCUCGAACGGUACCACUUUGGCCGAUGUUCUGCCACCAGAGCAGCUCCAAACGCUAGCCGAUAACGUGACUGAUGCUCUGUUGCCAGCCACGCCAGAAGACUUUGACUUGAACAAGUUCAUGGGCCGUUGGUUCGAAGGUAUCAACUCGCCGAGAUCCACCGAACAAAGAUGUAUCGUGCAUCACUAUGGAGGUCUGACCAAGAACGACAAGACUGCCACUUUCACUGCACUGAAGAUCUACAGAGAGGGAUCUGAGUUUGGAUCGGUUAGGUACUCGAUUGGUUACGCUUUCCGUGCUGGAAACAAGGAUGCCAUGUUGCAGUUGCAUAGCAGCGAGAACAGUGAUGCUCAGCCUUGUAAGUUUAGUUUGUAGCACAGAUAAUGGCAAGAACUUUCUUUAAAAAGCAAAAGAUUGCAAAAACUUUCUGUAAAAUCCAUAAAUUAGCAAGAACUAUCUUUACAAGACAAAAAAUGGCAAGAACUUUCUUUACAAAUUAAUUUUCAUCAAUUUUUCAGUCUGGGUCUACAAACUAGGACCAGAAGGAACGGAUCCAUUCGGCAACAAGCAAUACGAGUACGCCAUCGUGUCCAACUGGGUCAAGUACCCAGUCACCGUGCUGGUCCGUGACCCCGACUCCUUCAAACAAAAGUACGAGAUCGAGGUGCUGCGAUGGCUCGAGGACCAAGGCUUCAUCAACGGCUUCGUGCGCGCCUUCAACCUGCUUCAACCCGCCUCGUACUCGUCGUGCCAGUACGCCGAGAACACGUUCGAAUUGUUCGGAAAGAAGUGA